AUGGCCAGCAAGCGGAAAUCCACCACCCCGUGCAUGAUCCCCGUGAAGACUGUGGUGCUGCAGGAAGCCGGUGCAGAGGCCCAGCCCGCCGAGGCUCUGCCCGAAGGGCCCCCGCCGGACCUGCCCCCAGAGGCGCCUGCCCCCAGCAGCGAGGUCGCCCAGGCCUCCAGCAGCACCGACAGCGCUGCGCUGGCCAACGGGCAUCGGAGCACUGUGGAUGGCUAUUUGUAUUCUUGUAAAUACUGUGAUUUCAGAUCCCAGGACAUAACCCAGUUUGUGGGACACAUGAACUCCGAGCACACAGACUUUAAUAUAGACCCGACCUUUGUAUGCAAUGAGUGCAGCUUUCUGGCAAAAACUCCUGAGGCGCUUUCUCUGCACAAUGCCAAGUGCCACCUGGGGGAAGCCAGCUUUCGGUGGAAUGUGGCCAAGCCAGACAAUCAUGUGAUCGUGGAGCAGAGCGUCCCUGAGAGUACCAGCGCUCCUGACCCGCUGGGUGAGCCCAGUGCCGACGGGACCGAUGGACAAGCCGAAAUCAUCAUCACCAAAACUCCAAUCAUGAAGAUAAUGAAAGGCAAAGCUGAAGCCAAAAAAAUCCAUACGCUCAAAGAGAACGCCCCCAGUCAACCUGCCAGUGACACCUCACCGAACCCGCCAGCUGGGGAGGCAGAUGGGAAGGAAGGGAACCACUCCUCUGUCAAUGGGGCGGUCCCCGUCAGCCAGGCACCCACCAACCCGGCCAAGCCCCCCCACACGACCAACGGGCCCCUGCUGGGGACAGUGCCAGUUCUGCCGGCAGGGAUAGCACAGUUCCUCUCUCUCCAGCAACAGCCCCCGGCACAUGCCCACCCCCACCCCCACCCCCACCAGCCGCUGCCCACCUCCAAGUCCCUCCCCAAAGUGAUGAUCCCCUUGAGCAGCAUUCCAACGUACAAUGCGGCCAUGGACUCCAACAGCUUCCUGAAGAACUCUUUCCACAAGUUCCCCUACCCAACCAAAGCCGAGCUCUGCUACUUGACCGUAGUUACCAAGUAUCCAGAAGAGCAGCUCAAGAUCUGGUUCACAGCCCAGCGGCUGAAGCAAGGCAUCAGCUGGUCCCCCGAGGAGAUCGAGGAUGCCCGGAAAAAGAUGUUCAAUACGGUCAUCCAGUCCGUCCCUCAGCCCACAAUCACCGUUCUGAAUACUCCCCUGGUGGCCAACGCUGGCAACGUCCAGCAUCUCAUCCAGGCCGCCCUCCCGGGCCAUGUUGUGGGGCAGCCAGAGGGAGCGGCGGGGGGCCUCCUGGUCACUCAGCCGCUGCUGGCCAAUGGGUUGCAGGCACCAAGCGCGUCUCUCCCUCUGACAGUGACGUCCAUCCCCAAGCAGCCGGCGGUUGCACCCAUUAACACCGUGUGUUCCAACACAGCGUCAGCAGUGAAGGUGGUCAAUGCAGCUCAGUCGUUGCUCACAGCGUGCCCGAGCAUCACUUCCCAAGCCUUCCUUGACGCCAGCAUCUACAAAAACAAGAAAUCUCACGAACAGCUGUCAGCUCUGAAAGGCAGCUUCUGUCGGAACCAGUUCCCGGGACAGAGCGAAGUCGAGCAUCUGACCAAAGUGACGGGCUUGAGUACCAGGGAGGUGAGGAAGUGGUUCAGUGACCGGAGGUACCACUGCCGGAACCUGAAGGGCUCCCGCAUCAUGAUGCCCGGGGACCCCAGCUCCAUCCUCAUCGACUCUGUGCCCGAGGUGCCCUUCGCCCCAGUGUCCAAGGCCCCCGAGGUGACCUGCAUCCCCACGGCAGCCAUCCUGGCCACCCACCCUUCCGCCAAACGACAGUCCUGGCACCAGACCCCUGACUUCACACCAACCAAAUACAAGGAGCGCGCCCCCGAGCAGCUCCGCGCCCUGGAGAGCAGUUUUGCACAAAACCCGCUUCCUCUGGACGAGGAGCUGGAUCGCCUGAGGACCGAAACCAAAAUGACCCGAAGGGAGAUCGACAGCUGGUUCUCUGAGCGACGGAGGAAGGUGAGCACCGAGGAGACCGCCAGGGCCGAUGGGAGCGCCUGUCAGGAGGAGGAGGAGGCUGCCGGGGAGGAGGGGGGAGUGGAGGCUGCGGCCGGUGACCUGAGGGUCCCUGGGGAGAAUGGCUCCCCAGACGUGCCCAGCACCCACACCUUGUUUGAGCGCAAAGUCAGCCCCAUCAAGAUCAACCUGAAGAACCUGCGGGUCACCGAGGCCAACGGCAAGGGCGAGCUGCCCGGGCUGGGCGCCUGCGACCCUGACGAUGACGCGUCCACCAAGCUGGCCCUGCAGCCGCCCGGCAAGGUGAGCUGCAAAAAGACGGCCCAGCAGCGGCACCUGCUGCGCCAGCUCUUCGUGCAGACGCAGUGGCCCAGCACCCAGGACUACGACUCCAUCAUGGCGCAGACGGGCCUGCCCCGGCCGGAGGUGGUGCGCUGGUUCGGGGACAGCAGGUACGCCCUUAAGAACGGCCAGCUCAAGUGGUACGAGGACUACAAGCGGGGCAACUUCCCCCCAGGGCUGCUGGUCAUCACCCCCGGCAACCGGGAGCUGCUGCAGGACUACUACGUGACGCACAAGACGCUGCACGAGGAGGACCUGCCGGGCCUCUGCGAGAAGACCCAGAUGAGCUCCCAGCAGCUCAAGCAGUGGUUCGCGGAGAAAAUGGGCGAGGAGACCCGGGCCGUGGCGGACACCGGCAGCGAGGACCAGGGCCCCGGCGAGCCUGCAGCUGUGCACAAGGGGCUGGGCGACACCUGCUCAGAGGUGUCCGAAAACAGUGAGUCGUGGGAGCCCAGUGCCCCUGAGGCCAGCUCGGAGCCCUGUGACAUACCAAGUCCCCAGGCUGGUCGUCAGCUGGAAACGGACUGA